UUUUCUCGAAAACAUCUGCACAUAUAAUGCAAUGUUUACAUUCACUUCUAUUGGAGGAAAACAAGACAAAGACAUUAAUCCAGGGAAAACACCACCAAUAUUUCGAAUAAAUGGACAAAACUACCAUAGAAUUGGUAGCCUUCUUCGAAGGGACGGUGGUCAACCCAAUUUUUUGCAGAUGUACUUAUGUGAUCCAAGUGAAGAAACCUCAAAUAGACUUAAAGUUGUCAGGAGUGAGGGUGGUACAAAAUUGCAUGAUGCAUUGGUGUUGGAGUUGACACAUAUGCUCGACAUGUACAAUGUUCAUGCACAGUUAUUUAGGAUGGCAAGGGAUAGAUUUAAUGCGUCAAACUCCACGACGUUGAAAAUGAGACUUAUUAUGAAACGGAGUUCAGAGGGACGCACGUAUAAUGCUCCAAGCAUUUCUGAAGUAACGGCUUUAAUUGAGGGGGACUUUGACGUGAAUAGAAAAGAGAGAGAUAUUGUCCUGCAACCAAAAUCUGGGGCAUUUCAGUUUGUGAUUGAACUGAACUCUUUGUUUUUAGGCUUACAAUACCCACUACUAUUUCCUUACGGUCAAGAUGGUUUUAGAGAAGACGUUCGGUUGACGCGUGCAAUAGGGGAUAUCAAUAGCAACAGAGGGAGAAAAUUUGCUACAAUGAAAGAUUUUUUUUCAUACAGGUUGCAGGAACGCCAAGGUGAAACCCCAUAUCUAUUGAGAUGUCAAAGGUUGUUUCAGCAGUACUUUGCGGUUGAUGGAUAUACAAUGAUCGAGUCAUAUCGAUUGCAAUUCAUAAGAUUCCAUCAGAAAGAGAUUCAAAGUGACGUCCCCGUCUGGGUUGAAGUUUGUUAUAUGUGAUGAUGAUGGAAAACCGGCCAAGAAGACUUCAAAUGUGGUUUAUAAGGAAGUAUAUAAUAAUUUGUAUUUUUUUUGUAUUUAUUUACUUUUGUUACAAACAAUAUAUACAUUCAUCUCUGUUUAUCACAACAUUUCCUUAUGUUCUCAAUUUUUUUAUUGCUUACUACCUGCAUCCCGUGCGAAGCACGGGUGAAAAUCUAGUAUAGUACUAAAGUCAAACAAAUAUACUCAAUAAUAUAAUUAUCUCUCCGAUUAUUUUUUAGAGAAUUUCAUCAA